GAACUUGUUGAAGCCCAAGCGCGUAUUCAGCAAUUGGAAGGAGCGUUAGAUACAGGCUUAACCCCUACACAUCUUGGGCACGCGGAUGACCAGUCAAAAUCAACUACUCCUGGACUUCAGAGCAUUUCAUCCGCGUCGCCUCAGAGUCAGUCAACGACCACGGCUCAAUUAGAAACGAACUACAUCCCCGACACACGCUGCUUAGAUGCCGCUCUCGCAGCCUUUCAAUCCCACCUCGCCUAUUGCGGGCUUGGAAGUCGUCUCUCAACGGCUCGAGCAAACUUUUGCGCGACUAUCUACCAGCAAAGUGGUCAUGCGUUCGACUUGGACGAAUUCCUGAUUCAAGCCGCUGCAUCGUUUGAGGAACAGGGUCUCACAUCCAAAAAGAAGACAACGUCCACGAAAUGGCCUUCGUCAUCUCUAGUCCAGCAAUGUGUGAAACAUUAUGCACAGAGUGGACUAUACUCUAUGUUCCCUUUCGCGGAUGCCGAGGCGCUGCAAAUGCUUGUUAACGCCAACGUCUUUAAUCACCCGGACACGACUCGGGCUGCUAAUCGUGCCUGCUUGGCUGCAUUUACAGCCAAUAUCACGCAGAUGCACCGUCAUGACCCUGCCUUUUCCAAGGCUGACCCCGACGCUUAUGCUCAAGCAGCACUCUCACUCGUUCCACAGAUCCUCAUGGAAGCUCCGGACUUGAGAACCCUCGAAGCCAUCAUGAUGUUGGUCGUUUACAUUGCUCCCCUCGGCCAGCCCGUAUCCGCAGAAAUGCUGCUAGGCAUUGGAAUACAAGUCCUAUAUAACCUUGGAGGUCACAAAAUACGACCAUCUCCCGAAAUCCCCGGCCGAUCCCAGCAGAGCCAGCACCUUCGCGCACUCUUUUGGAUCUGCUACGGUAUCGACAGCGAAUUCUCCAUUCGAAAGGGCCAGCCCCCAAUGCUCAGCGAGAUACACUGCGAUCUAGACCUACCAGUCAACUACGCAUUGAAAUCAUCAGAACACCACUUCUACUGGAAACCACUCUCCUCAAAAGAACUCCUCUACCCAUCCGACCUCCGGCUGAACUUGAUCAAAACCAAGAUCUACAGACUUCUUUAUUCGGAGAAAAAUGCGUCUCACUCUGAAGCCCGACGGAUCCAACUCAUCCGCGAAUUAGAUCAUGACCUGAGUACCUUGAGGUCUGAGUUUCCCGUGGAUUGUCGCCCGGAUCUCUUCGCGACUGAAAAUGCUCCGGAUUACUUGUUUCAUGACCUGAGUAUCCGAGGUGUCAGUAUUCAUUUGGAGUAUUAUUAUUGUCUGGGGAAGAUUCAUGGAGCGAAUAACUCUUACAAUAUCCCCGCCCAGAAGUCUUGGUCGCCUCUGCCUUCUAGUGCGGAGAUUUGUUAUGAAGCGGCACGCUCGACUUUGAUAUACAUCGGUCGAGUCCAACAUUAUAUCAACUAUCAUACUUUUUGGAUCCACGCCCAAUUCGUGCUCACGGCUGUCCUCACACUCUUCCGCUUCCUCAUCACAUCUCCCAAUGCACCAAACUUCGCCCGCGAUCUCAAAAUACUAGAAGACGCGGCUAACCUCUUUGUGGAGUUCACGCAAUCAGACGAUCCCGAGAGAAAUUGUUUCCCGCCAUUCUACCUGACCCACGCCUUUAUCAAGAAGCUCGUGUUUCUGGCUAGGGAGGCACAUGUUCGUGAGAUAGCCAGAUAG